UUUUAUUGGAGGUUAAUGCAAAAAAUGAAAACGACGUUUAUUUUGUUGGAUAUGGUAGUUUUUGGGACUGCAAGGACAACCGUUGUUAAAAGCGUUGUUAAAAGUACUGAUAGAAAAGGGAACAGAUUAAUACAAAUUGAAAAUCUCUCAAUCAUCAAUUUCAGCGACGGUAUAAGUAUCUGUUCAUCAGUGCGUGACGAAAACAUGGUACGUUGCUAA